AGAGCAGUACAGCUUCCACACAGAAACCAAGCAAGACAAUUCUUGUCUACAAAGGCUGAACACAACAAGAAACCAUGGCUACUGCCCACAAGCUCCUAAUCAUCGCUCUCUUCUUCUCGGUUUCUCUUCGAGGUGCAAAUGGCGAGAGAUGUGGCACCUCCAGCAUCCAGGUGCAGACCAUCAACACGGGUGUGAUGGUGUCCGGUGGUGACACGAUGUUCGAGGUUGAGGUGAAGAACCUUUGCCCGUGCAGCGUCAAAAACGUGCGCCUCGACGGCGGGGGUUUCGCGACGACGGUGGCGGUCGACCCUGCCGUGUUCCGAGCCGACGACGGAGGCGUCUACCUGGUGAACGGCGGCCAGCCGAUCGCGAGCAUGGGAGCUGUCAGCUUCCAUUACGCCUGGGACCACUUCUUCCCGAUUACUCCCAGGAGCUUGGAGGUCGACGAACAGUGCUAGCCAGCAGCAAAGUAGCUGGGCAGCUAGUAGUUCCAUUGGUAGAAUGCUGAGCGGCUACCGUAUACGUUGAAGUUAUCAACUUCGAUACAGUGUUCCAACGGAUAAUAUAAGUAAAAAAAAUUAGAGAGAGAGGGGUCCUCACCUCUAUCAGUGUUAUAAAUUUUGUUUAUGGGGAACAAGGUGUGUGCUUAGUUGAAAAGUUGUUUUUUUACUGAGACCAAGCUACUUGGUCAGUCGUUACCUCUGAACUCUGAUUAGCUUUGUAUGAUCGGUGGACCUUUUUUUUUUGUUACUAUGUUCAAUAUAUGUGUGUAUAUCAGCAAUUACGUUUUGAA